AUUCGUGCGGUCCCGGUGUUCAUUCCGGCUCAUUUGACGUCUAGCCGUUGAGCGUGAAUGGUGUGCUUUCGCGUUCCCGCGGUUUUGUCGGAAGCAUUUUGUCGCAACGGCCACGAGCAAAAAGAAAAAAGAAACGAAAUCGUUUUCGCGUGUUCGGUCCACGGCCCAGGUGUUGUACAGAGAGUGUUGUGUUCUAAUCGUUUCGAGUGAAGCAAACGUCAAUUACCAGCCCGUGUGCGUGAGUGAGUGUGUUGUUAGUGCGUGAACUAACAUCCCGUCUGUAAUCGUGUGUAUGUUUGAGCAAAAGAGUGAUUGUAUCAUAUAAAAUUCACAGAAAUCUCCUCAAAUAAAAAGUGUAAACAUAGUGUCAAACAGUGCCGAAUCAUUCCACCGGAUGGUGACACAAAUCGAGCGUGUGUGUGUGUGAGAGAGAGAAAAAAUAAUAAUAAUCACAGUGUUGUUGGUGCUGUGCUGGUUCAGUUUACCGGCAAUUAUUUAUCGAUUCGCACUGUUUGUGUGCGUGCGUGGCAGCAACAACAACGACAACAGCCGCCUCUACAACCAUCAAUCUCUUCUGGUGGUCCUACAAAAUUGUAUUCGCCGUGUGCGACAACGAGUUCGAAUGAGAAUGCAACAAGCAUAGAGAACAACAAAGAGUAAGAGAUUGUGUUUGGUUGCAUCAUCGAUCGCAUCGAGAUAAGCCUGCAAAAUACCAGCGAAAGAAAAUGAGCAUCAUCGCCGUGUAGAGAGCGGUACGCCGAGCAGCCCGAGCAUUGGAUCGGAGAUGGAGUGAAGCAGCGGCCUGAGCACAAAUUGCUGAUUGCUGCAAAUACAAUAACAGCGCCCAGCGGUCUCUCCCGCGAUCGGGUCACCACAACUUUACCCAGGGUUUCUGCAGUGCAGUAGUAUAUGUGCCGGUGGUGUAUAUGUGUUUUGAGUUGCCCCCGCCGGGUUGUAAGUUUUGUAGCCGUGUGCAGUUUAUACCAGAUUUUCCAGAUGGGGCAACAGUGUGGUGUGGUGUAGCCGGUGAAAAGCGUGAGUGAAAAGCGCUUUUCAUUACACGUAAGCGCGUGUGUGGUGCUGUUUCAAUGUCGUCCAGUGUGCGGUGGUAGAAAGUGUUUCUCCUUUUGUUUUCCUGUGUCAGUGUGUGUGUGUGCGUGUGUGAGCGAGACGGGUGGAUGUGGCAGGGAGAGAAUCGGGGAAGGAAGAAGCUGUAGUUGGGAGGAGUGCGUAGAAGAGAAGUAGGGGUUAGGCAUCCACCACGUCCGCCACCGGGGUUUGUAAAGGGCAGCAGUAGUGGCGUUACAUGUGGGAAAUGUUGGAUCCCGACCUAGAGUGUGGCAAUGAGUGUGGGGGGCCGGGUCCUCCCCCGGAGUUUCUCGUGCCACCCCCACCCCGGCCACCCUUUCUGGCGGAGCUGGUCAACUGCAACGAGGAGCAGCUGCAGCAGACACCGUUCGGUGGAGGUGCCUCCGGUGCCUUCGCCGAUGUCGACAUGUGCGAGGCGUUCCCGAUCAUUGACGCCAGCUACCACAGUGGUCCAUCAUUCCAAACCUCCGCCAUGAUAGUGCUGUGUUCGGGGCUUUUGUUAUUAGUCAUCUUUAUUUCAUCGUUACUAGUGUGGAAACACAAACGAAAAGUUCAAAACUUCCUGCCAUGCAAGACGCCUACCCGAGGACCGCCCCAUCUCGAUCCGACAGGUGUAUCCGCGGCCCACUCGGUAACGUACGAGGACCCGGACGUACACUUGGGCCAUCAUCCGCUAGUGAUGCGGCACCAUCAUCACCAUCAUCAUCACCACAAUAUGGAGCUGCACGCGAAACAGAUCCAUUAUCCUAGCGGAUACCCGAUGCCGCGGUCACCGCCUCUAUUCAUCUGUUCCUCACCCGGUCCGGACCCGUACCGAUCGCACGACAACGUGUACGAGGAGCUAGAGCACGGUCCGGGGCGGGACACGGACUCGGAACCACCCAUCCAGUCGGACGAUGACUUUGCCGAGGAUGAGCUAAGCUUGCCGGGUGACCGAUCCUUCCACAAGUCACCGUCGGAGGGAGGCACAACGGUGGCCACGAUCUACCACGAUCGAAGUAAUGGUGGUAGUAGCAACAGUGCGGCCACGACAGCAUCCGGCUCGACCGUACCGGCGGCGGAUGUUGGUGGUCCACCCGGUGGAGUGUAUCUGGAGCGAAACCGUACCGAACGCAACUCGCUCCUAUCGUCCUCGUCCUCGUCCGGCAACGACAAUAACCAUCCCUUGCACCACACUGGACAUCGGGUAGGGUCCGCCGGUGCAAAUGGAAGUGCGCCAUCGUCCGGUGCGAACGGUAGCAGCAGCAGCAACAACAACAACGGUGGAGGAGCUGGUGGCCCUAGCGGCAACAAUAAUGGUAGUAACAGCAGUGGUAGCAGCAGUGCCAGCAAUAGCAACCGCAACUCCAACUCCAGCACGGAUUGUGGGAACAACAACAACAACAACAACAACAACAACAAUGGCAAUGGAACGACCGCGACCUGUAAUGGCAAUGGCGUCGUGGUGUCGUCCGGUGGUUUAGGAUUGUUCCGUACGAGGAAACACCAGCAUCCAGCUACGUUGGGUGGAUCGGGACGAAGGACAGGCGGUGGUGGACAUCCGUUCGGGGGAGGCGUUAACACGUGCUCGAAUUCGUUGGACGGUGGUCCGCUGGAUCCGGUUGUGCUGCCACCGAUGUACGACGAUCGGGGCAUGAUGACGUUACCCCCGCCAGCCUACAACCAUACCCUCGCGACCAGCCAUCACCAUCAUCAUCCGCACGCGCCGCCGCCACACAGCCAUCACAAUAGUCAUCACCUGAACAGUGUCAAUAACAACGGUGGCCCUAAUCGAUCCAACUACUACAGCACGAUCGACGAUGCAGGCGAGAUUUUGGAUCCGGUGGAACGACGGAACCGCAUCAACGCGCAGCUGUCCGCUUCGUCGGGUGGGCCCAUCGGUCCCACCGGUACCGUGUCCACCAUCUUCCGCAAUGGGCAUCGAGCGCCCGGGUAUGGAGCGGCACCACCUACCGGCCGAUCACGAACGAAUCCUCGCUCGUCCGACCGACGGACCGGUGGGCGGAAUGGAAACGGUAGCCAGCUGGCCGUGAUAUCGACACCGCAGGAUCCCUCGCAGUACAUCUACCACGAGCCCGUCUUCCACGAGGGCCUCAUCUACGAUGGGUGCCUGUCGCACACGUACAGCGAUCGAAGCGGUGGCAGUGGCAGCACCGGCACGGGCAGUACCGGUGGUGUCGCGUACCAUCCCUACAUCCUGCCACAGUUUACCACCUUCCGGAAUGGGAGUGUAGCGGGCGGACCGAUCGGUGGCGGUGGUGUCCCAUCGUCACACCCCACCGGACAUUCGAUAUACUCGCGCGAUUCUAGCUUCGGCUCCGAUUCCGGGUACAGUCAGCACACGCAAACGUCGAACCGAAGCAUGGCCGGGUGGAGUCAGCGUCGCCCAACGGGCCAGUCCACCACGUCCAGUAAUGGGCCCGGAAGUGGUCCUGUAACGACUGUCCCGAAAGCAACAACCGCAGCAACAGCGACCGAACAGCAGCAGCAGCAGCCUUCAUCCGUGCCACCGACGAUGGUGGAUUCUUGAGAGAAAGCGGCGGUCGUCUGCACCACCAAACCACCUGCCGUCGUGGUCGGGCCCAUCAUAUCCAGUAUUGUAUACGGCAAGAUUCUCCUCUGAGCUGUGGGCGUUGUGUGUGCGAACAAGUCAAACUUGUCCGGAAGAGAUCGAAGAGCGGGCGGGCCUGCUUGAUCGCCGUCGUCGUUGUUGUCGUGGCGAGUCUUUGAUAUUGCAGAUAGAGAAGCGAAAGAGCUAGGCGCAGAUAAGCCGGAAAACGUGAAAACCAAGAAUGUGAUUUUAAUUUUAGUGUCAAUCGCGUGGCCCUCCCCCCCCCCCCUCCCCAUCGGUGGGGUCGGUAUCGGUAGUAGAACUCGUCCGUAAGUUUCGUUUAAUGCUUAGUUUGGUGUACAGAUUUUUUGCGCUAGGAGCAGAUUGAUACCAAGAACCCAGGGACACCCGGUCGGCGAUCGGCAGCAGCAAAGACUGUCCUACCCAAUCAUUUCUAAGUGAAUCAAUCUGAAGCUCUUCUUGAACGGUGUGUAGAGAAAGAGGAACAAAACGGUUGUAAAAUGGCUGCGCCGAAUGCGCCGGUCCGCCUGUCCCGGGUUUCCCUUCGAAGGGGGCAAUCUCGAGUAGUGGAAGUAGUAGUUCUAGUAGCAGCAUAAACCGCACACCGUGUACAGAGAGCAUAGGUCGAAGGUCGCUAGAGAGUGUGUGUGUGUGUGUUUGCGUUUGUGGUAGGUACUUAACGGCAACGUCACGGUUCGAGAGCUUUCCCCUUACACAUAAUCGUACCGUAGAGCAGAGACAAGACAUAUGAACACACACACAACAACAAAGAAAAACAAAAACCAUGAGCACAGUCCACGUAUCCUAUAUGAUGGUGACACAGGUUGAAGAUGAUCGAGACAAUUGUACAUAGCCAUCAUCCCGACCUCGGAAAACCUUUCUUCCCUUUUCGGUUCGGUUGGAAGUUUUUCACCCGAUCGUGUGAUCGACAGAUCACUACGGCCGGGGCAGCGCAUGUAGAAACGGAGUUUACUCUUGUGGUUGUAAUUUGUGCGUAAUUGCUAAAGGCGUGUGAUCGCGAUGAUGAUCUAUCCUUGCGGGCCCGGUCGAGCGGGAAGCGGUUUGUGUGCUCUCUUUUCUGUAUUUUACUAACUAUUUUGGUCGCUCAUUUUAUUGUAAAGAAACGAAGAAAUUGAAGGCAAAUUGCUAAAUGUUUUCGCCUAAAAUUAUGCAAUCCGCGUGGCAAAUGAACUUUUUUUAAAUGUUUUUCUACUUUUUAUGGUUGAAAUAUUUUUUUUUGUGGUGGGAAACGAUCGUUUGCGAUCCUUAUCUCUUGAACGGUGAAGAGCCGAAAGGUUUGCGUGCUAUAAUUACAGUGUUUUGUUCUCCCUUUUUGCUUGGCCCAAUUCAAAUCGCCAGCUGCGUAGCGUAAUAGCACCAUUACUUCGUGCUCGUGUUUUAAGGGUUUUUUUCGUCAAUUGUUUCUCUUUUAUUGUGCAGUCUCUUUUGGGUUUUCCUCCAUCUUGAACAGGGCAAAAUUUUGCUCACUUGUCAGGAGAGUGAGUGAAGCCACGCCUAUUAACAAUUUUGAAAACAAUUUUAAUGCAAAAUGAAUGCUACAUAUCGAAUAUCUCCUAGAGUUUAAAUUUUUCUUUCCUAAAAAUUUUAAAACGCGAAGUUAAAUAGUGUUGAGAUGAGAGAGGCAAAAACGAAAGCACAAACCGCCGAACGACCGUACCGUGUGUAUCUGUAAAAUGGCGCCGACAUUAUGAAAAUGAUAGAAUAACAAAAAAAAAACAGAGCAAAAAGAAAAGCGAAAAGCCCUGUAAAUACUCUGUACAGUAAUAGAACUUAGUAGAGGUAAACGAAAGACGAUGGAUUCGAACUGAACAAAAACGAAGAGGAGAAAACGCACGAAACAGAAGCUUCCGGAAAAGAGCAACAAUAUUCGCUACAAGUCACUUUUCCCUAUCUGAGCCACACGUCUAUGAUAAUAGUUUUCUCGGUUCCCCAUUUUUUCUUCUCUCAUUUCCAUGCAUUUGUGCUUUCCCCCUUUUUUUUUAAACUUCCUUUAACACAGUUUUACUAAAGCUUUCCUUAAUUUUCAUGAUUUUGUUUUCCUCUCAACCAACAACUCUCUGUACCUGUAUUCGUCACUUCCUUACUGCUAGUGAAAAACUGAAAGGAAAUGAACAGAAAAGCAAAAUGAAAAAAAAUGCAGAAGCCAACAAUCUCCCUUUUCCUUUGUAGAAGAAGAAAUGCCCAACCCCUGUAUAGAGCUCGUCGUGAUUGAGUGUAAACAAAUAGCAAACGUAAAGGAAAAACUUAAAAGGAAAAAUCAUCAAUUUACAGGCAGAGGAAGGCAAGUAGUAGAAGCAAACACAGGGAUACAAAAAAGGUUGCGAGUAAGUAGUAAAACCAAUGGAGAAAAAAGAAA